AUGGACGACUCGACGGCACGCAGCACUGCGACAGAGGAGGCUCCAUCCACCGCACCUGCUGCAAGCCCCGCAGCUCCUGUUGCCCCGGCGGUGCUCUCACGUGGUAUCUGCGGGGUGAAGGCGGAGUAUCUCCGUCCCGCACCGAUGCGUGUCACGCUCGACGCAGAGGGGCGCACGCGGGGGAUGAACAAGGGGGCGGAGCGGUUGCGGUCCUCCACGGUUGAUGGGACGCAGCGUCCUUCCUUUGACGGGGAGUCGAACUUCUUUCAUGGCGAGGUCCUGCAGCGCAUCAAGGCGAUUGUGCGACAGCGCAACACAGUGACCAAGCGCGCACGCGACAGCGAUAACAAUUGUGAGCCGAAGCCAGAUAAGGUGCCGCUGGUGGACGAAGGUGAGACUUCUGUGGAGCCGAGCAACACCAAUGGUGUCGGGGACGCAGCACAGCAGCAUGUGGAGCACGCCGCCACCAGAAACAGUGACACACCGCGUGUCGUCAGCAGCGGCAGCGAAGAGGCUCUGCGUGAGAACGCAGCGCGGCGAAGCGCACUCUUUUCGAAUAAGCUGGUACUGGCGCCUCUCACUACGGUGGGCAAUCUUCCGUUCCGUCGCGUGUGCAAGGAGUACGGCGCCGACGUCACAAUGAGCGAGAUGGCACUUGUGUACAACCUCAACCAUUUGCAAAAAAGCGAGUGGUCGCUGCUGCGCCGCCACGAGUCUGAGGAUAUAUUCGGCAUUCAAAUCGCUGUCUCACGGCCGCAGGACGCCUUGACGUGGGCGCAGGCCAUCGAAGCGUCUGAUUUUUCAUACGAUUUUGUCGACAUUAACUGCGGCUGUCCUGUUGAUAAGAUAGUGAACUCCGGUUGUGGUUGUGGCCUUUGGGAGCGGAAGGGGAACCGACUAAAGGAAGUUGUGCAGUCGUUGGUGCAUCACCAGUCAAAGCCCGUCAGCAUCAAGUGCCGCAUUGGACCCAACGAAGAUGUCCCGCUCCUGCACAACCAGAUUGGCGACUACGCAGGGUAUGGAGCUGCCGCCGUCACAAUUCACGGCCGCUCGCGCAAGCAACGCUACACGAAGCUGGCGAACUGGUCGUACAUUGAUGACUGCGCCACGCGGACGGCUCUGCCUGUAAUCGGGAACGGCGACAUCUUCUCAUACGAAGACAUUGUCAGUCACCGCGAGCAGUGCCCGCAUGUCAGUUCAUACAUGAUUGGACGGGGUGCGCUCAUUAAGCCGUGGAUCUUCGAGGAGAUCAAGGCGGGACAGACGAGGGAUAUCAGCAGCCAUGAGCGCUUUGAGAUGUUGCGACGCUUCUGCGACCACGGCCUGGCUCACUGGGGCUCGGACGAGCGUGGGGUUCUCACCACUCGGCGCUUUCUCUGCGAGUGGCUCUCCUUCCUCUGCCGCUAUGUGCCUGUCGGGCUGCUCGAGCGGCUGCCACAACGCAUUAACGAGAGGCCACCAUUCUACGAGGGGCGUGACGAGUUGGAGACACUCAUGGCGAGUGAUAGUGCGGUGGACUGGAUCCGGAUCAGUGAGAUGCUGCUCGGCCCUGCCGGUGAUAAGUUCAAAUUUACACCGAAGCACAAAAGCAGCAGCUACGCAACCAGCGGAGCGACGAGCGAGAUGGACAUGAAUGUGGAGGGUUGA